CUAUAAAUAUAUCACAUUUAAUUAAUACCUCACCGCACGUUGGAUGCAUCUUUGUCACCCGCUGCAGACGGUUUUAGAACCCAACACCAAUACACAUAAUUUUACCUUUGGAUUAUUGUUACAUAUUAAAAUCUUUAAUCAUGUCGUGGAUGGAUCCACCUCCCCAAGCAUUCGAAAUGCAAGAAGGAAUUACUUUAAGUAAAGAUCAACUUAAAGUUUUAAGAAAAGCAUUUGACACAUUUGACACCGAGAAAAAAGGACGAAUUACAUGUGACAAUAUCAAUACUAUAUUGGACAUGUUGGGUCAUGCCACUGACGCCGGAACUAUCAGAAAUAUCGUCGCAGAAAUCGAUCACCAAGGAACCGGUACUUUAUCAUUUGACGAUUUCUGCACGUUAGCUUCUAAGUUUAUGACAGAAGAAGAAGAAGAUAGUGAAGCGAUCAAAACUGAGCUACGAGAAGCAUUCAGACUUUAUGACAAAGAAGGGAACGGAUAUAUUACUACAGAAGUUUUAAGAGAAAUACUUUCGGAACUUGACAAUAAUAUGUCCGACGAAGAACUCGAUCAGAUGAUUGAUGAAAUUGACGCAGAUGGAUCUGGUACAGUUGAUUUUGAUGAAUUUAUGGAAGUUAUGACCGGCUAAAGAAAAUGCAAAACAAAUUAAAGUUAUUGCUGAAAUUUUUAUUAAAAAUAAGUUAUUUCUUGUUACACUAUUUAGAAUUUUGAUAUUAAAACAGUAUGAAUAAGUUACAUUUAUUACUUAAACGACUAUGUCUAGUUUAACAAACGUAUCAUUUGUCAUGAAUAAUACGAGUAAUAUAAGUAUUAGCUUCUAACACUAAAGGACAUUGUAUCAUAAUAUUUAUUUUUUGAAAAAAACUAUUUUUUAAAUAUAUUUAGUAAUAUGUAACGGUACUUAUUGCAUAACUUAUUUAUUAUAGAUAUUAAACACUGAAAAUAUUUAAAAUAAA